AUGGCAAAGGAGGAUAAUCGAAAUAGGUUCUUCUACCGUCUACUCGCAGCAGACUCGACAAGGAUAAAUGGGUGGGAUGGUAACAGUGAAUGGAGGACUUCUAAGAAUUUGACCGUUAUAAAUCGUUCUCAUCGGCAGAAUCGAAGAUAUGACAUGCUCAAUCUAGCAGCCAUAAUCGUAGGAACAUCAACGAUAUCUAGACGUAGAUCAGAACCGGAGAACAACGACCAGUUGAGUCUUGUGAGAGGAGCAGAUAUCAACAAAUUAGCCAACGGCAAAUAA